AUGAGCUCAAUCGGCGAUAAUUAUACCAUACACAAAGUCGCAUUAAAAAGAACCCGGCAAGCUUGUGAUCCUUGUCGCCGGAAGAAAGCGCGCUGCCCAGGCGAAAAGCCAUCAUGUUCACUAUGCCACAGACUAGGCCAACGCUGUUCGUACGGACCACAGGCGUCCCGUGCGAAGAACCACUCGGUGUCGGCUCCUGUUGGAAACCAGGAAAUGCAGCAAAGCACCAAUGAGAUUCAAGGGGCUACGUCGGAUUCUGGGAGGCUUCAGCGCAUCGAAGAAAGGCUGGACAUGAUCACACAUUUACUUCGAUCCAGCAGAAAAGGCUUACCAAGGUCUAAUUCAAUACAAGAGAUAUCAAGUGAUACCGAGCUCCAUGAUGACCUCGAGCUGCAAGAAGCUACUUAUGACGACCUCGAACCCAUGGAUCGCCCAGAGAACCACUCACUGGACUCUCAAGGGCAUGGUCUUUCAGCUGCAUUUAUCGAGCAGGAAGUGGAGACUUACCUAGCCUACUUUCAUGACCAGCCAUAUUGUCCUUUCUCCAAAGAUUGGCUGUUAAGAUAUACCAGCUCAUUACCACCAGAGAUCGCAUUCCCAUUAGUGGCCCUCACCUCUCGUCUGCCUCGGCCAUCUCGUGGAUCUUUACAUGAGAAUACUGGUGUCAAAACAUUCGCAGACAAAGCUUGGGACCUUUUGUCAGAUCAAUACAAAGGUGGCAAGAUGGGUCUUUCAUUUCUCCAGGGUACAUUUCUGAUGGCCCAGGUAGAUUUUGCAGAUGGAAAAGCCCAUCGAGGGUAUGCCUCGGUUGCCCUUGGAUUAAGUGCUAUUCAAUCUGCAGCAUUGAAUAAAGCAAAUGACUCAUAUCCGCAUGACCCGGACGUCGAAACGAGAAAACGCAUUACCUGGGCCUUUUUUAUGCUGGAUCGCACUUAUAGUGCUUCCAAAAAUCACUCAUUGUCUCUAUCAGACAAGCAAUUCACACUUCCAUUUCCUUACUUAGAGACGGAGGCUCUAUUCGGCAAUAACGAGCCACUAGCCCACGGCUCUUUGCAUGAUGGUCCUGGAAAGCAAGGGCAAAAGGUUGAUCAUGGCAUUCUUGUAUGUCUUCUGAGGCUGUACUCAUUAUGGGGAAAAGCCACAGAGUAUAUCUUCGAACCAGUUGCCGAGAAUGCGUUGCCUCCCUGGCAAACUGGCUCCGCUCUUGCGAUCCUGGAAUCAGAGUGGUUGCAAUUUGAAACACAUUUUGCAGACGCGCAUCGAUAUAUCAACGUUGAUUUCAAAAGCCGCGCCCGAGAAGAUCCACAGCCACGCACAUAUCUCUCGACCUGGGUGUGUGUGCAAUUCCUUUUUCACUCAAUCCAGUGCUUGCUACACCACCCAUUCGUGAUCAUGACCAAACUUCGCAACUUCAAUGGAAAUUUGUCCGCGACAUUUCUGCAAAAGUCAUUUGAGACAUCACUUCUCCACUCUCGGUGGAUAGUUCGGUUUAUAAAGGAAAUGUCCGAGGUCAACUUUCAGGUGUUUGAUCCUUUUCUGGGAUAUUUAGCGGCCAUCGCAGCAACAAUUCAGCUAGAGCACACUGGCAGCAAAAAUCCGCAGAUUGCUCUUCUGCUCAAUAAAGAAUUUCGAAUCCUUGUUGACUUCAUGACGGAGCUGUCGUUGUAUUGGAAAAAUAUGAGUGUUCUGGUUAACAAGGUGAAUGACCUUGCCGCUCGCCACCAAAAUUAUGGCUCACUUUAUUAUAACCAGGAGGGGUUUUCGGGCGCUUUGUCCAAAAUGCCGACUCCCUCGAAUAUGCCUCGAAUGUCCGUAGAAGACGAAGGUCUUAUGUGGGAAAUCCUCGAUUUUGGCUGCUCGUCAGGGGGAGAUGAGGCAAUAAAGUUCGGGGAUUUGGCUAUUCCUCAAAAAAGUGGCAUAAGAGCGAACGAAGGGCCGGUCGCACAAAGAACGCAACUGGUAGGUCAGCAAAACAACGAUGACCAGAGAGAGCGAAUGGCGACAAAUAUCCCAAGCCUUGACCAUCUUUCUGAGUCGAUCAACGAAGGUCCUUUGCCUGAGUGGCCAUUUCAAAGCCGGGGCGGUGGUGAUGUGAUUGGGGCAGCAAUGCCGGACAUUCCAGACUGGAUGAUCUUGGGAGAUUACAUGGCAGAACAUCUAUAA